AUGCCUGCAAACUACAAUGGCACCUGGGUCAUGGAGGUCAAUGACAACUUUGAUGGAUACAUGAAGGCAUUAGAUAUCGACUUUGCUACCCGUAAGAUUGCUGCUCAUCUGAACCAGACCAAAGAAUUCAUUCAGAAUGGAGAUGAGUUUAAGACUAAGACCCUCAGCACAUUCAGGAACUAUGAGCUCAACUUCACUGUUGGGGUAGAGUUUGAGGAGAAGACCAAAGGACUGGACAACCGGGUGGUGCAGUCUCUGGUCUCUUGGGAUGGGGAUAAACUUGUCUGUGUCCAGAAGGGAGAGAAGAAUAAUCGCGGCUGGAAUCAUUGGAUCGAGGGAGACAAACUUUACUUGGAUCUUACAUGUGAAGACCAAGUAUGUCAUCAGGUUUUUAAAAAGAAGAACUAAGAAGUUCUCAGGAUUAUCUGCAUAUUGCCCUGUGUUUCUCUAUAGUGUAGAUACAUCUGUGAUAAAGGUCUAUGUAAAUUUUCUAAUAAAAAAAAAUAAAACAUUUCUAAAAAAAAAAAAAAAAAAGUCUGUUUAUUUUUUCUGAAAAAGGAAUUACCAUUCAUAUCCCUUUAAGUGAAAGCUCACCACUAACUUCCAUUUUAUACUUCAGAUU